UUAAAUAAACAAAACCGGCCUCAAAUUAAGUUAAGUAAGUCCAAAAUAAUAUAAAAUAAGUAUAAAAUCCAUCUAAUAAAGCACAGACUUAAUAAAAGCCUGCCUAAAAUGGUAACAAAUCUACUUAAUCUAAUUAAAAACCUCAAACUAUUUUUUAAUUAAAAGAAGAGAAUAUUCCAUUAACAUAACUAAUGGAUAAAAUAAAUGAAUAUAAAGAAAAAAAUCGUUCUUUGUUAAUUAUAGAUGGUUCUAACAAUGCAUUUACUUUUUUAAAUACAAAGGUACAUUGAUAGAUAUUUCUGAGUUUUCCAUAAAAGAGUAAAUUAAGGCAUGUAGCUAGGAAGAAAAUAUUGAAAAAAUGAGAAAAUCAAUUGUAAAUGCAUUAAAAUCAGGCUCAGUUUUAGUUUUUUAUUUAGAUAAAAUUUUAAAAGAUUUACCUCUAUAUGCUUAAGGCCAUCCUUUUUUUAAACCAGAAUGCAUUUUUAUACCUCAAGAAGUCAGAAAAGAAGAUUAUUUUAGAAAAAUACUACUAAAAUAAGAAGAAGAUGUUGAUUAUUUAGGUAAUAAAGAAGGUUUUAUGGUAAAAGAUGAUUUCUGUUCAUGUGUUUUAGUUAGUUUAGAUGAUUUGGAAGCUUUAGAAAUACUUAAAUAACUUAAUUUA